AAAAUAUGACGCUGUACGAUAAAGUGAAAUCAAUUCUGACGAUUCCUGACAAAAAUAGUAACGAUUCGAUCGUCAACGCAACUGACUUGUACUUGGAGUGGGAGAAAGGAGACGGGCAGUAUCUUCUUCCACUCUUAUUGAUUUUCGUUAUCUUCUUUUGCAUAACUUGCGGUGUGUUUCAAGCUUUGUUGAGCCUUGUGGUUCUCUGUAUCAGAAGCCUUUGCGGAUUUGAUGAGGAAGAUGAAAACUUCAAUAUCAAUGGAAACCACUUUGCUAGAAAUUCGACACCUUCUGAACAUCACGAGGAAAUUGGAAAUUUGAUGGGAACUGAAGCUGCAUCCAUAUCUGAACUUCCUCAAUAUGGAACACCACGAACCAGAAAAUCGAAUACUUCUUCAUCUCAGAACAGAUGCCUUUCAGUUUGAUUCGUUGAGUGAAUUGGAUUCUCAAACUUGAUAACUCGUACCUUGAUAUCUCAAUAAAAAGAAAAUG